CUGCUCCCGGCGCCGCGCACUGGCCGGCGGGGCCGGGGACGGCCGGGGAGGCGGCGCCGGCUGGCGGGGCGGGGGGCCCCCCGAAGUGGGCUUCGGGCCGCCACCCGCGCUGGCACCGGGCGCAGAGGGCGGCGCGCGGCGGACUCCGCGCCCGGGCACCGCACCGGGCCGCCUCCGGAUCUGCCAUUCUGCCCCGGCCCGGAAAACCCGGCGCCUUCCAGGCCCUUCGAAAGAUGGAUUCUGUUGACGUAUCUGGCGGCCCUGGCGAGCCGGGUGGAAAGUUGGGUUUUGCCAGAUCGCGCUGGGCUCCUCUUUGUGACGCUCGGCCAGCCCCGCAUCCCCCCGGAGCCGGGCCGAGGGGCGUCAGAGCCGAGUGAUGGACGACCUGCAGUCCCAGAACCUCCCCAUGGACAUGACCGACUCCCCUCCCGCCCUGGCCAAUAACAGACUGGAGAAUGGCAUGGCCCAGCUGAUCACCACUGAGGCCUGGAACAUCAACUCCACCGACCUGGUAAAGAAGGCUCUGGUGACCGUGCCGGCCCCGUCCAUUCUGAACCCUCCUGCCGAGUCCCAGAGCGGCAUGGCUCUGAAGGUGGCGGCCACCGUGCUGCAGCCCCUGUGCCUCGGGGAGAGCCCGGUGGUGAUGCCCAUUCACAUGCAAGUGGAGGGAAGCUCCCCACCGGAGCUCAACCCCAACGGCAAUGCCACCUACGUCAUGACCACACAGGGCCCCGUGCAGCUGCCCGUGGUGCUAGAGCAGCACGUCUUUCAGCAUCUCAACUCCCCCCUGGUCCUGCCACAGGAGGCCCCAUGCUCCUCCAAUGCCAUCCACAACAACCUCUUCCAGGGAGCCGAGGACUCUGAGGCUCAGCCCCAGCUCCUGGACCUGAGGAUCCCCAGCCAGCCACAGGAGCCCACGUUGCCAUUUGAGGCUGUGCUCCAGAAUUUGUUUCCCUCCCAGGGCACUCUUGGCCCCCCACCCUGCCAACCUCCUCCUGGAUAUGCCCCUGUGCCUCCCCAGCCCUUUAACUCCCCUCUGUCCCCCCUGGUCCCACCGGCCACCCUCUUGGUGCCCUACCCUGUGAUUGUCCCCUUGCCUGUGCCAGUCCCCAUUCCCAUCCCCAUCCCAGUGCCUCAGAGUUCUGAAUCCAAGUUUAGUCCCAGUUUCUCCAAGUCUCCGUCUUCCUUCGGCCUGCACUCCUUUAAAGGCACCCAGACUCCUCUGGAAAAGGAUGAACUGAAGCCCUUCGACAUCCUCCAGCCCAAGGAGUACUUCCAGCUCAGCCGCCACACUGUCAUCAAGAUGGGGAGUGACAACGAAGCCCUGGACCUCUCCAUGAAGUCGGUGCCCUGGCUCAAGGCUGGUGAAGUCAGUCCUCCAGUCUUCCAGGAAGAUGCGGCCCUAGACCUGUCACUGACAGCCCACCGGAAAUCUGAGCCUACCCCUGAGACACUGUAUGACAGCAGUGGGUCAGCCGACAGCCCAGGUCACACCGUGAUGGAGAAACUACCCAGUGCCAUGGAAAUGCCCUUCACCCCUGCCACGCCCCACGAGGCCUCAGCCACAAUGGAUAGCCACUGCAGCAGCAGCGCCACCGCCGAGAUGUUCAGCCACCCCAGCCACCCCAGCCACCCCAGCCACCCCAGCGGCGAGGUCAAGGCUGAAAAUAACAUUGAGAUUGGGAGCGAGUCCCAGGCAGCUAAGGUCAUCGUCUCAGUCGAAGACGCUGUGCCUACCAUAUUCUGUGGCAAGAUCAAAGGCCUCUCGGGGGUGUCCACCAAAAACUUCUCCUUCAAAAGAGAAGACUCCAUGCUUCAGGGCUACGACAUCAACAGCCAAGGAGAAGAAUCCAUGGGAAACUCGGAGCCCCUUAGGAAACCCGUCAAAAACCGGGGCAUAAAGUUAAAGAAAGUGAACUCCCAGGAAAUACACAUGCUCCCAAUCAAAAAACAACGGCUGGCCACCUUUUUUCCUAGAAAGUAAAUAAUGGCUUUUUAAAAUUUUUAUGAUUAUAAUAUGGGGAAAGGUGCAUUUGUUUUAUAAAAAGGCAUUUAAGACAAAUUAUCUUUGUUAAUUAUUUUGGGGAGUAGUUGGGAAGUGGAAAGGUGAAUUGGCUCUAGAGGCCCUGUAAGCCAGUAUCAUUUUCUUUUUUAAUUUUUGACUUUUCACAAAUGAGUAAAUAAGAGCAACCUAUUUUUCAAGCAGAUUGCACAUUUUUUGCAGCUUUAAUGGAAUAUUGGGUGAAUCAAAGGGGUAAAAAAGCUAUUUUCAUUGCCACAAAGUGCUUUGAUGAUGUAAUACCUAAUAAAGGGUAGGAUGAAUAUUUCACAAUAAAUGUUUGUUUGCACUAA